AUGGAAAACUCUUUUUUUUCAUCAUCUGCUGAAUUAUCAGGGGUUUAUGGGAAGUUGAAAUUUGAAAACGAUAAAAAAACUUUACUAUGGCUAUUACAUGAUGAUAAAAUUAUUAAACAAAGGUUUGAAUUUGAUGGCGAACCUAUAAUAUAUGCUUCAUUUGUUAAUUUUGAAAACUUUUCUUCGUGUUUAGUUAUUUGUUUAAGCAAACUAGCAUAUGUGAUCUUCAUGAAAACGGGUGAUACCCAUACAAGUUCAUUUCCUUUCCCUAUUAAAAGUGCAUUUAUUUAUAAAUACGGAGUUAUUUUAGAAAGAGAUAUUACAAAGCAUGAAAGCGUUGAGGCUGAUGACGAAGAGGACAUAAUCCCAUUAAACAAAAGAUAUUUGGCAUUUUUUGAUCCGUUUUCUGAUUUUGGUUUAAUACAAUUUAAAAAUUUUCCUGAAUCAAUGGUAUCAAUUUUAACUGAUAAAAAUAUCAAAGGUCCUAACAAGGCAUUACAAUUACUCUCAUUUCCCAAAAAUGAUAUCCAGUAUUUAGUCUCCUUUUACGAUAAUAUACAAAAGGAAAUUCAUAUAGCUACCGUCUCAUUGGCUAAUUAUACAAACUAUUACAUAAGUUCGGAAACUACUAAUGAUUCAAAGAAUAACUAUACUAAUAAAAGUGAUCAAAAGAGCACGGGGAGCAAUAACAACAGCAUUCCAACUAGUGCAACUUUAAACAUCAAUAAGAAUGCAAAUAAUGGCGGUAGUGACAAUGGUAGCAUUAAUAAUAGUAGCGGUUUACCAUAUUAUUCCCAGUAUAACAACGAUUAUUUCAAAACCAAUAGUAAUAACAACAAUUUAGAUCAACAAAAGAAGAAAAAAUAUGGAUCUUUGUCUUUUGCCUCAUUGAAAAAACUCAACACAUUAGAUGGCCCUUCAUUCGAAUCGAAAUUAAGAGGUCUUUCCGAUAUUUCUUUAGACAAUGGAAGCGACAAUAACAGCAACAAAUAUCUGAUUAACAGCUCAAAUUCAAUUUCGUCUACUGGAUUAACUGCGGCUAUAAGAACCUUUAACAUGAGAAGCGAUUCUAAGGAAGAUUAUCCCAUUAUACCAAAUUUAGAAAAUGUUUCAAGGCAAUUGUCAAACAAUAAAAACAGCAAGAUUAAUACCGCUCAUGACAAAUAUGAUAUUAAUAAUAAUCCAGAGGAUGAUUUUGCUUUUGUGGAAACCACCAGUAAUGGUGGUGGGGGUGCUGCUGCUGCUGCUGUCAUUGAUGGAAAUAAUCCAAACAACAACAACACCCAUAUCAAAAUAACUUAUCAACAAACUUUUAAAAUAAAUGAUAUAGAGGUGAUAUAUGACAACUCCUUUCACGGUGAUAAUUUCCAAAUAAUACAGCUAAGUUACGACAAUAAAGAGUGUCUAUGUUUGUGUUGCAACAAUGCUAAAGAAAAUCAUAACAACAAGAACAUAAAUAACUUUAACAUGGAUAAAAAGAAUAAAAGUUAUAUGGCAUAUUUCCAGCUACCUGUUGAUGAUUUGAAAUCUCCUUUUAGAAAGUUUACUUCUAAUCGGGUCCAAAUAUACUUUUACGAACAAACGGUUGCAGGAGCCACAUAUAUUAGUGAGUUACACGACUUUGAGGAUAUAGUGAAAUAUCCUGGGUUUUACAAAGUGGAGACACCAACAAAAUUGGAAAUUUAUAAUCCCUUUUUGUCUCUUAGAUUAUUGAGUAUCUCUAAGGAGCAAUCAAAUUUUCAUAAGUUUUACUUGUAUCCAAGAUCUGAAGUAUUAAACUUAUAUUUCAGAUCGAUUGAGUGUUUAACUAAUGAUCUAAUCUAUUUCCAAAUUUGUUCCUUAUGGAACUCGAUUAUGUGGAACAACGACAAAAAUACCUUCAAUGAAUGGAAAGCGUUUUCAUAUUUAUUGCUAACGAUUGUUUCUACGUCUGAUUUUUGUAUGCAAUAUAUUCAAAAUAUAAAAACCAAAAAUGGCUCCAUUAGUGCUGAUUACCAAUAUUUUGAAGACUCUAUAAAUAUUUACAAACACACUAUGGAUGGUAUAGAUUUAAAAAAUUUAAUGCCGAGUAUUAUGCUAAGUUUGCAUUUAAUUAGGGAAGAAUUACUAUUAAACUUGAUACAACAAGAGCACUCCAGCAACUUAUCUGUAUUGUUGUAUUCGCUAUCUAUUAUAAUGAAUUGGCCCGAUACUUGGUCCCUAUAUUACAUAAAGGACAUAAUUACGGAAAAUAGAGACAUUCCGUGUAUGGAUUUAAUUAAUAAAAUAAGGGGCAAAAUAAUUUAUCCUCAUCCUUUGACUGAGCCUAUUUCAAUUAUAGAACACUUGUAUGAGUUAAAUAACCCAAGUGUUGUUGCAUCAUCCUCCAGCAGACUACAAAAGGGUACAAGACAAAAUUUUUUACAGAUAUCACACAUCUUGGAAGAAAGCGAAGAUAUAGAUGUAGAAUUGACGCCAAGAACCUAUAAAUUGAUUAAAAUAUUUGAGGCUCUAAAUUGUGGGAAAAAUUAUAAAUUAAAUAUAUUUGAACUUUUCCAAAAAUAUAAUCUUACUAAAUUUGAAUUAGAAACUUAUCCAUUGGGUAUAUAUUCCCCACUAAUGCAGUUAAUUACAAACUAUGAAAAGUUGUUAGAAAAUGUGGUUUCAAAUGUUGACAUGGAUUUAGUCAGUAGAGUGGAUCUAAAAAAAACAUAUGUUUCUUUUUUUAUAAAUGCCAAUGAUAAAUCUUCUUCUGGCAUUGAUGUUGAGGAGUGCUAUUCACAUCUAGAUGCAAUUUCUAGGAGAGAAAUUGGUAAACAACAAAAGAUAAUUACAUAUAACGAUAUUAUAGCAGAUAUUUUGAACACAUCCAACGAAUGUGGAUCAAGCAAGGAUGGGACAGACGGAGAAUCGUUAUUAGUAAAUGCCAACAAAAUUUUCAAUUUGGAUAAAAGAUUUAAUACAGCCCUCAGGCUAUUGGCCUUUUUUCAACCGGCAGAAAGUAGAUUUUUGGAGGAAGUUGAAUCCAAUUAUGACUUACGAAGAAAGUUUGUUAAUAUAACGGGGUUAAGACAAGUGGCUAGCGCAAUUGGGUGGGGCCAAAUUGUUUAUUCUACAUGUAUCCCCUUACCUACGGAACAAUAUAAAAGACCAACUAUUUCAUUUACCGCGUUAUCGCCAUCUACUGGUAGAGUUUAUGCCGGUCAAACAGAUCUUUUUCAUGAAAAUGUGUUCGAAUGGGGUGCAUUUCAUAGUGGUGUAUCUGCUGCCUUGAAAAUUUCCAAAUAUUCUAAAGGCUUGGAUAGUCAUUGGGUUUCGUUUAAUAAACCGAAAAAUUUAACUGUUCAAUAUGGUGGUUUCCUCUUUGGACUAGGUUUAAAUGGCCUACUAAAAAAUUUGGAAGAGUGGCAAAUCUAUAAUUUGUUGGGGCCCAAAUAUACUUCUGUUAGUAUUGGUGUUUUAUUGGGCAUGUGUGCUAGUUUGAGGGGAUCGAUGAAUGUCACCUUAAACAAACUUUUGUGUGUUCAUGUUGAUGCGUUUUUGCCUGCGGGCUCUAAUGAUCUAAAUGUUGAUUAUCAGGUACAAACAGCAGGUUUAGUUGGUGCAGGUAUGCUAUUUGAAGCUACUUUUAAUAAGAAAUUAAGCGAGUCCUUGUUUGGCUGUUUAUAUGGAUUUGUCAAAGUCAAGGGUAAACCGACUUGUAAUGAAGGUUAUCGGAUUGCGGCUGGUAUAGGCUUGGGAUUGGUAAAUUUAGGAUCGGCUAAGAGGGAUUUAAUUAGUGGUACAAUUGGCAAUACCAAUGGCGAUACGAUAAAUAUAAACAUGGUAGAUAGUGACAUGGUUGAUAGAUUGGUUUCGACCAUCAUUUCAAACAAUGAUGUUGAAACUCCACAAAUUUUAGAUAACUCCUUUAUUGGCAGUAUUAUAUCACUCAUGUUGAUUUAUUUAAAAAGCAAUAACUUUAUAGUUGCGAGAAAGUUAGCUUUACCCUUUGAUAAGAUGUUGUCUAGUACAUAUGUGAGACCUGAGUUUUUCUUUUAUAGGGAAUGGUGUUUUAACAUGAUUAUGUGGGAUUCUAUUACUAGUGAUCAAUUGAAGGAAUACAUUAAAACGUUUGCUCAAAAUGUUAACGUUCAUACCAUAAGUACCGACGAUUUGCCGAAAUAUUAUAAGUUGGCUGGGUUUUUAUUAUCUUUCAGCAUUAAACAUGUUUCAUCAAAUGAUAAGCGUUUUUUGAAGAUGGUUCUACCAAUUGUCGAUAGGCUAUCGGAGCUAUAUAAUUUAAAAUACAUUGCAAGGUUAGAUUUAAAAUUGAGUAUUAAAAAUAUUGGGGUUGUUACAAACAUAUUGUUACUUUCUUUGUCUUUAGUAUUCUGCGGCUCUGGAAAUCUUGAUGUUUUCAAGAGAAUUAAAUAUAUUCAUGAAUCAAUAGGUGGUUAUGAAGAUAUUAUGCUAGAUUCUCUUUUGUCUUAUGAUGGUCCAAGCAAUACUGAAGAAAUUCAAUCAAUUUUAGAUUAUAUAGAUUUGCAAAAGGAGAAUAUGCAGUACACUGAUAGUACUGAAGACAUGGAGGACAGUGUUAAAAAUUCAUUAGAUGAAGAUCAAGAUGUUAAUAAUUUACGAUUUUGUGCGAUGCAUUAUAGCAAAUAUAUGUCUUCAAGUAUGGCUAUUGGAUUUUUAUUUUUGGGAUGUGGACAAUAUUCACUAAACAUUUCAAAUAUAAACUCUUUGGCUUAUUUGUUAAUAGCAUUAAUGCCAUGUUCAUCCCAAUUCCCCUUUGAACUUCAAGAAACAAAACAUUUUUGGUCUUUGGCUGCUGAACCACGUUGUUUAAUUGCUAAAAAUGCUAUAACUAACGAAGUUAUUAGUGAUGUUUCAAUAAAAUUAACAUUAGAUACACCAGAGAAAAACUGUAUGAUUUUGGAAACACCUUGUUUGUUACCAAGUUUAUCUUUAAUUGAAGAAAUUAGAGUUAUUUCAUCGGAAUACUAUCCAUUGUUGGUGAACUUAAAAUCCCAUUUCCAUUUGUUGAGAUCACAAGAAAGAAAUUUGGUUUUAUAUUUGAAACCCAAAGUUAUUGAUUUUACUUCUGGAUAUUAUAACCAACAACAAGAAUACAAAAAUGGUGUACUUUUAGGUUGCGAUAGACCGGUUUCGAUUUAUAAAAAGGAAAAUAUUGAGAAUGAUAAUGAAGAAGAGGGAGAAAAAGAUCCCAACUUGAAAAACAUAGCUUUGUAUACGAAAAGAAAAACAGCUGAGGUGUACAGCAAUUUAAAUGCCACUUUUAAAAACUGUAAUUGCAGGACAUCUAUCACUGACAGAUUAAUGAAACAAUUGAAUUUAGAUAAUGAAAGGCCUUUGCAAAUGGAAUUUUCCAAGGGAGUGAGAUCCGAAGAAGCAGUUAGAAAAGCACUGAAGAAAGAGGUAGAUAAGAGAUAUAAAAAAUUGGCUUCCAGAACUGAUUUGGCCCACGUAGGUGACGACAUAAAUUUAGAUAUGAUUUCCAUUUUUGAAGAUUCAAAUUAUCAGCUAGAUUUAUGGAAAACAAGACAUGAUUUAUAA